AUGGCAGAGCCGGGCCCGGAGCCGGGGCGCGCGUGGCGACUGCUGGCCCUGUGCGGGGCUGCGGUGUUUCUGGCGGCAGCCGCGGCCGGAGGGGCACUGGUGGCCUGGAACCUAGCGGCCUCGACGGCCCGGGGCCCCCGCUGCCCUGAGCCCGAGCAGGUGAACGCCACGGUGUGGCCCCCAGACUCGGCGCCCGAGGUCGAAGAACUUCGGCGGCGGCUGGCCGAGGCUGAGCAGCGCCGGGAGAGCCUGGCCAGGGAGCUGCAGCGCGCCGAGGGCAGCAGGAGGGAGCUGGAGGCGGCGCUCAAAGCCUGCAAGGACCGCCAGAGCCGGCUUCAGACCCAGCUGAAGACCCUGAAGAUUGAGGUGGAUGAGGCCAAAGUCCGAGGCGCGCAGAUGGGCCUGGAGAACGGGGAACUGACAGAAGCCCUGGAGCGCUGGGAGGCGGCAGCCACGGAGUCCAAGCAACAGCUGGCAGCCGCACUGCAGCGCGCAGGCGCAGCAGAGGCAGACGGCGAAGCUUGCGUUGGCCGCGAGGUGGCGCUGAGGGAGCGCAAUUCCGCCCUGGAAGCCGAGCUCCGCAGCCUGCGCAGAGGACCGCGCCCCCGCCCCCGCUCAGGGUCCAGGUCCAAACCCUCCAUCCGCUCCCACCCGAGGUCUGGACCCACUAAGGGCUGCCGGAGGCCACCUCGUGACCCCCAGUAGGAUGGGAGCCUCGGGCCAGGACCGACAGCGUGGGUGAGAGGCGUGACCCAGAGCGUCCACGCGCGGCUUUCCACCCACGGCUGCCUAGGUGGCAGCACACAGGAAGACUCAGUCCUCCUCUCUAGGAGCACACGGUACUAGACCAUCAUUACCUAGGGAAGCCGCCUCACUUGGUCAGCCCCCAUGUCCCCGGUAACCGCGAUGGGACCUUCAUCCCGUGGUCAAGAGGCUCACCCUUUAGGAGCACACAGAACUCACCAGAGCCCGGAGGCAAGCUCGAGUGGAAAGGUUUACAAAUUCUAAGAAGCCGUGAGGAUCGGGGCCAAGGUGAGGAGGAUGCCUGGGGCCUAGAAAGUGACCCUGUUCUGGAGGAGAUGCCCAGGAGACAAGAAAAGAGAGCGCAGGACGUAAAAAGGGGAGCUGUCUCGGUCACAUGGGGGAAGGGGCUGUCUCUGGGCUCAAAAGAAUCACUGGAAGGUCGACAGUUCUCCCACCUCCCUUCCCGACUCUCCCUCCCCCGUUUCCCCUCUCUGUCUUCAUUUCUUUCUGGGUCUCAUGUAGCCCCGGCUGACCUCACACUAUCUAUAUAGCCUAGGCUGCCCUGGACCUCCUGAUACUCCCCUCCCCCAGGGCUGGGAUUAAAGGCGUGCACCACUUCACCCUGCUCAACAAUCUAAGGUGUGCUUAAUUUCACGUUGUUUGUGAGUCUUAAAAUUCACGUUUAACAUAGUUUUUCUGCAGCAUCUUCCUAUGCAGUUCAGGUUGGCCUGAAACACACCGUCCAGCCUCUCUCCUGUGAGUGCUGGCUUUAUGGCUUUACUGGCGUACUUCACCAAGCCGGCCUCAUUUUCCUUUGAAACUGCUUAUCCACAUUUAACGUGACUGAGAGAGACAAUUUCUGUGGUUUUUUUUCCCCAUUCAUCCAGAUUCCUUAAUUUACUCUUUGUUUCUUGCUGUUCCCUGGCGCUGGAGAUCGCCCCGGGCGCGGCGCACACCAGGCAGGCGCGGUCCUGUCUACAUCUCCAGCCUCAGCAGCUUUCUCAACACCCAGUCAUCUCACAAACAUGCAGAACUCAGGCCUGGGGGAUCCAGCACCCUCCUCUGGCCCACUUGGGUACUGCAUGCAUAGUUGUGCAGAUUCAUGCAGGCAAAGAGCAUAUACAAAAUAAAUAAAAAAUUAAACCAUU